UCAGCGCUCAAUUCAGUUCAGUAGUAAACGGGAAGGCCUGCGAGGCAGUCGCAAGCUAGCUUUUGUGGGCCCUAGCUGCUUUGCCAGUGACAAAACAGAGAGUGCUAGGUGCGUGUGCCCCAAACAACGCCAUGACAACGUGCUGAAGAAAGAAUCUAAGCAGUCGACGUUCCCCAGCAGGGCAUGGUGAAAGAGCUCAAUAUCGAAAAUGGCUUCUUCCCCGGUUGCUCCGCUUAAACGACUUUUGUGCCGAUCGCGCUCUCGCCUCGUUGUGGCCGCCUUGGCCGCCCUGGCUCUGUACUGCUUGCAACAGGGGCCGUCCAACAAUGCCGAAUACCGACCUCCUUCGCAGCCCACGUACCACCAACACCCGCAGGUGGCCUCCUCCCAGCACCGCAGGGCUGUGCUUCAGAGGAAUAAUGCAUCUCUGCACCCCAGCAAUUCAGGCAACAGUGCGGACUUCAAAACCAUAAUAUCAACGCCACCCUCAUCUAGUUUGCCUCAAGCUCAGACCACGUCCGCCUCGGCUGUGGAGGAACGCGAAGUACAUGUCGUGCUUGAGGUGGACAUUCCUAAGAAGAGCAGCAAAGAACCGCAUUUUGAUCAUGCACCGUCCAUUGAGGACGAUGGCGCCCCGAUCGAAGAUUACGAUGUCGAAGAACUCGAAGAAGAAUUAUCCAGGCGACGAAAGAGGGUGCAUGAGGUAUGCGAGGCCACAGGCCUGGGCCGCGAAAGCGAACCCAACGCCUGGGAGUUCUUUGUCGACCACAAGCACCACCUUGUUUGGUGCAACAUCUUUAAGGCGGCAAGCUCAACAUGGAUGUACAACUUUAAUUUGCUUGCCGGAUACAAAGAGGAUUAUCUAAAGAGAUCUCGGAAAACACCACUGGUGCUCGCGAGGGCCCGCUUCCCGCGACCCAGCGUGGCACAACUUCGCGAGGCCCUGCCAUCCUACUUAUCUUUCAUGAUUGUCAGGGACCCUUUCGAACGACUUCUGUCCGCGUACCGAAAUAAAAUUGAGGCUUUCAGACACAAGUUUUACAGAAAGCUAUGCAAGGAGAUAAUUAACAAGUACAGGAAACCUGGCAGCCCGUACCAAGGUUUGAAAGGACCCAGCUUUUCUGAAUUUGUGAUGCAUGUUGUCGACACUUCUGACAAACCAGACGAACAUUGGGCGCCAUAUUACAGAUUUUGCACACCUUGUCAGGUGAAUUUUACAGUGAUUGCUCAAGUAGAAUCUUUGAGUAGAGAUCAAGAGUAUGUGAUACGGCAUGCUGGACUUGCUGAGGAGCUGCCGCUGGGCCGGCGGGGCCACCGCGAAGUCCUCAACAAGGCCCGGGGCGCGCCCACCAACGAGCUGCUCGAGCGCUACUUCCGUCAACUGAGCAAGGACCAGCUGAUGGCCCUGUACCGCAUCUACCGGAUCGAUUUUGACAUGUUCGGCUACGACGCGGACAGAUACUUCCGAAUGAUCAACGAACCCGAGCCAGGCAUCAAAUGACGUCUGCAGGAAUUUUGGAAUUACGUGUGCGGCGCCAGGUGCGAGAAGAAGCAGCGCGAUUACAACAAUAAUAAUUGAAGCCCAAAAGUAUAGCAGUGGUGCGUUAGGUAAUUGCGCGCGCAGCAAUUUUUCUUCUUCAAAGGGUUGUGCAAACGAGACAGUGACCAAGUGCUGUGAUUGCAUUAGCAAACGGACAAAUUACGAUAGAAGGUAACGCGCGGACUUACUUGGUGUGGAAAGUGGCUGGUUUGAAAGAGGCUACCUAAUUAAUGUUGAUCGCGAUUCAUAUCUAAUUGUAUAUUCGAAGCAGUAUAAAAGAAGAAAAAUCAUUCCCUGAUCUUCCUCGUGUUUCAACUGUUGCAUAAAUGGCAUAAGUGUGUACUUAUUAUUGUAUUUUUAUAAUGUACUCCUGACAUUUGGGGAUUUGAGCAAGAAAUGAUUUGCUGAAUGUUAUGCGUCGGCAGCUACACGCACUUCCAGUAUGGUUGCUGAAAGGAUUUGUAUUUACAUGUUACUUCGGAGUCGAAAGGAGCUUUAAGGUUGACUAUUUUGAUCGAGAUGUGUAUUAAUGUAUCUUCCUACAGCACAGAAACAAUUCAAUAACGACCUAGUCUAGAUGUUAAGGCACCGUUAUAUAUUUUUACUUUGAUAUAAUGCGAAUUUUCAGGAUGUAAUUUAAUAAGUCUUAAUUUAUGAUUUUUGCCUACUGUUUGAUCAAAGAGCAAGUAUCGUAGAAAUGAUGUUGAUGAAAAUUGUAAAAUACUAAGCAGCCAAAGUCAUUGUAUUCCCGCAAGGGCAGAACUUUUAAUAAGCAAAAUAAAGACUGCUUCAAACGCAACUCUCAGAUUUUGUAGUCCCCAAACAUGACAAAAUGUAGAUUUAAAAGGGCUCACAGCGCAAAAACUGUAUCACGAUGAUUUAAGAAAAUAAUUUUUAACAAACCCUUUAUCUAGUAUCUAGUACCAGACAUCGAUCCAAAGAGUGAUAAGAUUGAAAUGACAAACAAAAUGGUUGUACUCACUGGAGAGGACUGUGAGAAGAAAGAUGUAGUCCGAGAAGGUUAUGAGGCCUGAACUGCCCAGUUUGUAGAAUAUGCUGUCUUUUUCCAGUUCAAGCUCCAGUUUAUUGUGCAUACUCUGAAUAAAAGAAUUUUGAAUUAACACAUAGAA